UGUGAAAGCUACCAAAUAGCUUAUGCAAGCCAAAAGAUAAACAAUCCCGUCAGCACCGAGUCCGCGUCGUGUAUAGAGGUCCAUCCGGAAUUGGUGCCUCAAUUUCAAUUUCAAUUCGGGGACCGUUGCAGUUGCUGUUGGUUGCUGUUGCUCUUCAGUCACCUUUUCUCAAGGACGUCUCUUUUCUUGAGGGCAAGUUGUGAGAGUCGUCUGAUCUUUGUCGCCUCUUGAUUGCCUGAAUCAAGCCUGAAUCAUCAUUGAUCUUGUUUGGAUUGUUUUGCCAGUUUCGAGCAGCGAUGCUGAAGGUGGCAGUGAUUGGGGCCGGAGCCGCCGGGCUGGUGGCUGCCCGCCUGCUGUCUGCCGAGCCUGCCGUGUUCGCGCCGCCCGUGGUGUUUGAGCAGGCGGCUACCAUCGGUGGAACCUGGGUCUACACAGACCAGGUCGGAAAGGAUCGCCAUGGGCUGCCCAUCCACUCCAGCAUGUACCGAAACCUUCGAACGAAUUUGCCCAAAGAGGUAAUGGGCUUUCCAGAUUUUCCAUUCAAGGAAACAAGCUACAACGGGAAGUCGUUUAUUUUCCACGAAGAAGUGCUCGACUACCUGCGCAGCUAUGCGUCUGAGUUCAACUUGGAACGAUUCAUUUCGUUCGAGACACGUGUGGAGCAGGUGACCCCUCUGAGCGUGGGUGACCCUCGCUCGGGAUGGAGUAUCACCACUCGUAACCUGACCACGGGCGCGGCCGAAAACCGACACUUUGACGCGCUGCUGGUGUGCAACGGUCACUACUCGGUUCCGGCCGUGCCCAACAUACCGGGACUGAAGGAGUUCCAGGGAGAGGUACUACAUAGUCACGACUACCGCUUCCCGGAGCCGUACACAGGAAAGAAGAUGAUUCUGCUGGGAGGCCGGGCGUCGGGAAUCGACAUCUCCAUGGAGGUCUCCAAAGUGGCCAAACAGGUGUACCUGGCGCACAACCAGCCGCCGUUCCCUGCCACGCUGCCCGACAACAUGCGCCAAACGGUGGGUAUUGAGCGGAUGGACGGCAGUGAGGCCGUGCUGCUGGACGGCUCCAGGGUCGAGGUCGAUGUACUCAUGUUCUGCACAGGUUACGAGUUUGUGUUUCCUUUCCUGUCGCCGGAGUGCGGUGUGUCAGUGGUGGACCGCCAGGUUCGGCCGCUCUACAAACACCUGGUGCACACCGAGUACCCGCGCAUGGCGUUCGUCGGCCUGCCCACGGUCGUCCUGCCGUUCCCGCUGUUCCACAAACAGGUUCAGUUUUUCCUGGCCAGUCUGACGGGGCGGCUGCAGCUACCUUCCCGUGCCGAGAUGACUGAGGACACUGUGCGGGACCUACAGCGUCGCCUCGAGAUGGGUAUGCCGCGGCGCUACGCUCACUUCCUCGGCCCCCUUCAGUGGGAGUACUUUGACGAGCUAGCGGCCAUGUCUGGCACGGCGCCGAUGCCACCGGCUGUCAGGGAGCUCUAUGACGAGGUCCACGUGCAGAGGUGUCACAACCUCUCCGGCUACAAGGACAAGGCGUUCAGGAUCACCGGGCCCGACUCGUUUGUUGAGGUGACAGAUGAGGUGAUGAAUGAUUUGUAUAGUAAGCUCUGAAAGAGGGGGUGGCUGUUAGAGAUUACGGAAUAAGCUCGGCUCUCAAAGAAGGGAUGAAUGUAAGUUGUUGGAAAGGAAAGAUGAAUGCUAGCUUUAAUGGAAGGGUGUUUUAAGUUGUUGGAGAUUGAGAGGAACUGCUAGUUCCGAGCGAUGGGCUGACAAAGUUCUCUGUGGAAUGGGAUGGAUGCUAGCUAGAGUGGGGAGCUGUUACACUCAGACAGGACGGGGUUACACGAUGCACUGUUGGUGGCGCGCUGUGAGGAUGAUUGAAUGAAGAAUUGGCUGCAUUGUGGUGGCCGGUGGGUGCAUUUUAACAAAGGGGGGCAUUUCAAGCACUGCUACAUUAUCAAAAGGGACUGAUCGCACUCCAGCUGGGAUAGGUACUGUGCUUGAUCCACGCAAGCAAGCCUCCUGGUUUUGUUUUGCGGCAUUCAG